GUGUGACCUUUCUCUCUCUCCCCACUACUUUCACCCUCAACAAAAACACACACACACAAAAGAAGAACCCUCAAGUCUCUUCUGUCUUCUCUGAUCUUUCCUUCCCCUCUGCACGGACUUUCUCUCACAUUCUUUUACUCUUUAUCUCUUCACUCCAAAAAAAUUCCUCCCCACCUUAACCCUAACCCUAGAACUCAACCUGCCAUUACCAUUCCACCUUCCAUUACCAUUCCUUCUCUCUCUCUCUCUCUCUCUCUAUAGUUUGUUCCCUCAGAACACAAUGGCUGUGUUCUUCAUCCUCAGGUACCUCUUCCCUCUUACUGUGCUGUCCCUCGUCUACGUCGCUGCAGCAAACCUUAACUCUAGCUCCGAGGCGCUUCCUUUUUUGUCCUACCAACCAACUUUCGACUUCCCGAAGUUUGGAGGGGCUCAGGGGGAUUUGGGUAUCUCUUUGUCUGGAGAUGCUUGGAUCUCGCCGGACGUUUCUGCCGUCAGAAUCACUAAUGGGUCGUCACCGAGCUCCGGGCGCGUUCUGUACGAGAGUCCCAUUGAGAUGUUUCGGGGGGAUUCUCCCAGGACGCCGAUCUCGUUCCUGUCUUGCUUCUCGUUUUCGAUGUCGCCGGGCAAUGGCGCAAGGCUGGCUUUUGCGUUCACGCCGAGAGGGUUCUCGUUCUUCGAUGGUUGGGAAGAUGGGAGCUCUGGCGGGAAUUUGAGGGCUUUUGUGGUUAGGUUCGACGCCUCGAGCGGCUUCAUCUCGACGCGGGUGAGUGAUGCUCCGACUGUGGGUUUGGUGGUGAACGGAGGCGAGCAGCUGAAUUGCUCGAUCGAGUACGACUCGAAUUCGAGGGUAGUGGACGUCAGGAUCCGGAAUUCGAGCGAGUUUCAGAGUUUCACUCCGGUGAUUUCGUAUUCGGCUGAUCUUUCGAGGCUUUGGGCGGAGGAGAUGUUCGUGAGCAUCGGGGCUUCGAGCUCCAACUCGUCUCAGAUCGCCACUCUGUACUCGUGGAGCUUUAGCAAGCGCUACUCGGCCUACACACUGCACUCGGAGCCGUUGGACCCGAACGAUUUCCCGACAUUGAGUAAGGAAUCUGUAAACGAGAAGAGAAGGAGCAGUGUGGCCGGAAUUUUCGCUGCCCUUUUGGUGGGUGCUGCAUUUGGUGCGGUGGCUGCAAUCGCGUUGCUGUUGUUGAGAUCGCGCUUCGCCAAGAAGAAUUCGGUUGCUCCGGUCAUGGCCGACCCCGUGGAUCUAGAGUGUGAUGUUAAAAUUGUUUCAGAUAAGUGUAGGCCUCAUGUUAAGAAGUAAAUGUGUUCUCGUCAAAAGAAUGAUGAGGUGUCUAUGAUGCUAAAGGAUCAUAAGUGAUCUUGUUCUUUUGUUGUACAUUACUGAUUUGUAGUAUAGCUACAUUUUUUCUUUCUUUUGCUGGA